AUGAAUUCAAUAUACUUGCAUAGUGUUGUCGAGAAUGAGCACCACAACCCUAGACAACUGUCCCCUCUACAAACACCAGAUUAUCUACUUUCCUUCCAAUUUUCAUCAUGGUAUCCGACAUUUUCCUCCAUUAGCAUCAAAAGCACCAUCAUCCGUCCCUUGAGUCAAGCAUUCAAGGAGUACCUCGACUCGGACGGCAUUUUCGUACCAGAAGGUUCAGAAAACGUUCCCGCAGAAAGCUCUCCUUCGGACCAAGAGGAUGAGGACGACGCUGCAGUUGGGCAAUCCUUCUCCUUCCCCGAUCUAGAUGAGCGGAUAAGACAAAUUAUCAAAGAAUACGGCGCCAUUUUCCCCAAGCUCAAUUUUUCUUCACCAAAGGACGCAUCAUGGGUGCUACCACCAUCCUCGCCUCUCAAAUGCACAUCUCCAUCAGACGUCUACAUCCUACUCAAAUCCUCGGACUUCAUAUCACACGAUCUAAGUAUCGACGCGGUCUUCGAGGGAUGCCAAUGCGAUUCCUUGAAUCCGCCAUCGUACCAACUCGAGCUUGUCUUGAGGAAAUGGUAUCCUAUAGACCGGAGUCGCGAGUUCAGGUGUUUCGUUCGUGAAGGCCGUCUCAUAGGGAUAUCACAACGCGGUACGAAUUUCUAUGACUUCAUGAACGAGCCGCAAACACAAAACAAGAUCUUAGAAACGCUUCAGCGUUUUUGGGGGGACAAGAUCAAGUCUGAAUGGCAUGGACAGCAAGACUACGUCUUCGACGUGUUGAUGACACAGCUCUUGUCGGUCUUCACGCAGGGGUCAAGCACACCCAAGCUCCGUAUCAUCGACUCGCCUUUACAUCCGCUCGCAUCGCGCAACGCACCAGCUUACCAACACAACAUGUUGCCAAUGGAAGCCCUCGCGUUGAGUAGCGGUCGGGACAUCAACGACUUCUCAGAUUUGUGGAAGAAUGAGAUUCAGCAGUCCUUGAAUGACGACGACUAA